GCUUGAAAUUUAUGGGGGGUGUGGCCCGACUUGUCUAAGUGAAUAAAAUGGAGGUCUGGGAGCUGUGUAUGAACUGUCUAUUCGAGCUGAUAGUGUUCGGUUUGGUUGAAAUAUUCACGAGACAUGUCUUCUCUAGAAAAAGAUGUUCCAGGCUUGUUUUGCUAUCGUCACAGCUGGGUUUCCUUGUGACGUUUGUUGUUUUUAUUCUGGUGGAUCAUGUACCAUAUCUACUGCUGUUGACUAUUGUUGGCGUGAUGGUUCGUAUGAUUUACGCGAGCUUGCAAACCUCUCGUAAUCAAUACAUCAGUAAGCCACUACCAAAUGCAAUGAAAUCGUCAUCAAGAACUGAUCCGAAAACACCUCAAAGUCGCAUGCCUCUGCCACAGAUGGGAAAUUUCCGACCAAGGUCGUCACUACCUAAUAAUUAUUUCCAUCCGACUGGUUACAGUAUACGGGGCACCCAGGAAAAUAGGUAUCUGCAGAGGAGGCCUUUGAGCAAUCCUCAGGGUGGGAUUCAGAGCAAACUACUUCCUCAAAUACGAAAUUUACAAAAAUCAUCUUUAUCAAAAUUCCCUCCGCUAAACUAUAUUCAAUCGAUGUUUGAUUUCAAGCAUUCCCCUGAUCCUCGUCCGCCCGGUCUUAUCAAUUCAGGGAACACUUGUUUUAUUAAUUCAACUUUACAAUGUUUGACAUGGACUCCAGGAUUUGCUGAGGGCCUUGCAUCUAUUGUUACAGAGUCGAAUGUGUUUGUAACAACAUUGCUACAGUUGAUGUUUCGAAUUACACACCAAACAGAUCAACACGAUUCAACCAUAAGCCCAUCUGAUUUUUUGUUUUUGAUGUCCACCUUGGCUCCUCAUCUCAUUACCAAUAGAAGUGGACUCUCGUUUCAAUCUCAACAAGACAGCGCUGAAUUUUUAUUAUGGUUACUGAAUCAUAUCCAUACUGAAGCCGUUAAGAAUUUUACAGUUGUAUCGAAUGACUUCAUUGCACUGAAAGAAGACAAACAGACCCGCUUAGCCGAACUAAGUAUUAUGAAAUCAAAUGGCCAUAAUUUUGGCACAAAAGUUUUGGAAUACUCGGAACUGGACUGGUAUUUGUACACAUUGCAAGCGAAGUCGCCUAUUUAUGAGCAGUGCCUUGGCCAGAUACUAGAGGCAAGAGAAUGUCAACUGUGCCACAAGGUGUCACUAAAUAUCGAUUACUUUAUGGUACUUCCUCUUCCCCUUCCAAAGUCAACAGGAGCUCAUGAUGUGAUUUUUCUGGACGACUGUUUCAAUUCAUUCAGUCAUGUCGAAGAACUGACAGGCUCUAAUAUGAUAACAUGCUCGUGUAUUGUUCCUAACGAACAGUCCCUCACACCAGGAACGAGAAUUGCUUUGCUCGGUAGAGCGCCACGUACUCUCAUUAUGCAACUAUCUCGUUACACAUACGAUAUAAGCUUACAAGCGACUGUAAAAAAUAAGGCUUGCGUACGAUUCAAUACAACAUUUCAAGUCCCAAUUUCGAUUGAGUCUCAGCUAGGGGUCCCCAGCAAAUCACCUACGCCAGUGGUAUACAAGCUAGUAGGAGUAUGUGUGCACAGUGGAGCUGACAACACUUCAUAUGGACAUUAUGUGGCGUAUUGUCUCACAUCAACUGGGUGGUGCUACUUCAAUGAUGAUACGGUGUCAAAAGUUAGUGAUAUUGAAGAAGCCCUCAAAGACUAUUUUAUUCUACAAAAUGCAUACCUUCUGUUUUAUUCAUGCUUUUAAAAUAAAUUAUUGAUAACAAGUUUGGCUUGUCAUAAUUCAUGAAUUGUAUAAUUUUACCAUAAUUUAAUUGUCAUCUGA